CAUACAACAACUGUUGCCCCGGGAUCUUCACCAGUCAAAGCUUUAUGGGAAAACGGCAGAGAGAAGGCUACUGUUGAAGAAAACUCAGAUUUAAUCAUGUACACCCGAUGUCAUGCAUACCCAGGAAGGCAACAACGUGAACCUUGCAGCCCAUUAUUACUCUCCUCCUCGUCAAAUAGAAGAAAGCCCUGAGGACUGUUCCCCAGAGAUGUCUGAUAAUGAUGAGCGAAAACAACUCAGUAUCCGUGACAUAGUUGAUCUCCAGGAGACAGGCUUUACUGUCAGAAUCCAGCCGCCGGGAACAGAAAGUUUUGAGCUUCAGGUUUCAGGUCAGAUGUUAGUGGCAGAGCUUCACCAGGUACUUAUGGACCAUGAGCUCACCUGCCACUUCACAUGUUUCUCCCUGCAGCUGAGAGGCAGUGUGCUUGACAGCCUCACACAGCUGCACUCCAUCCAGGGCAUCCAGGAAGGGGCGCCCAUCAAGGUUGUGGAGGAUUCUUACUCUGUACGUGACGCUCGCCUCCAUCUCAGACAUGUUCGGGACCUUCUCAGGAGCCUUGACCCGACAGAUGCCUACAACGGAGUAAACCACAGCUCACUGUCUUACCUCACCUUUUACACCAGAGGAGAUAAAGACAGUGAAGUCAUAGGGAACAGGCGAACUUCUGAAAAAGAGUCUGUUGCCUUUAAACCACCUGAAUACAUCCUGCCUGGCUGUAAGGAGCGACCUCUUACUCCUCUGCAGCCAGUCAGAGACGACUGGAAGCCACUUCAGUGUCUGCGGGUCCUGACCAUGAGCAGCUGGAACCCUCCUCCAGGAAACAGGAAGAUGCAUGGGGACCUGAUGUACCUCAACGUCCUGACUAUGGAAAACAAAGAACUCAAUAUUACAUCCUCUACACGAGGCUUCUACCUCAACCAGUCAACUGCCUUCAACUUCAACCCUAAACCAGCAGCUCCCAAAAUCCUUUGCCACUCUCUAGUGGAGCUGCUGAGUCAUGUGAGCUCUGUUUUCAAGAGGAACUUCAGCAUCUUGCAGAAAAAGAGAGUCCAGCAACACCCAUAUGAGCGGAUAGCAGCACCUUUCCAGGUUUUCCCCUGGAUCGCCCAUCAAGGAGAUCACUCUCUCGAUUGUGUCAGAGCGGAGGAGACACACACGAGUCGCAUGGGCCAGGACGAGCAUACAGCUGGGCAGAGUCGAGACUGGAACGAGGAGCUGCAGGGAUGCAGGGAACUCAGCUGUAGAUCCAUCGAAGAGCGUUUGCACAGAGAGAGGUGUAUGUUCAAGACCAACUGUGACUUUGUUGCUGCUGCAACACAAGGAGCUGUAGCUGUUAUUGACGGCAACAUUGUGCCGUUGAACCCAAGCGAGCCACCUCAUAUGCAGAUGUUUAUCUGGAACAACCUUUUCUUCAGCCUGGGGUUCGACAUAUCUGACCACUAUCAGCCACUAGGGGGAAACACUGCUGCUCAUGCUGCUGCCAUCUGUGACCUGAGAGGAACACAGGCAUACACUUCUGUUGACAUAAAGGGGCUUCACACACUUGGCAUCGCUGUUGUGGAUUACCGUGGCAUCCGUGUUAUCGCUCAGACGAUUGUUCCGGGGAUAUUGGAGAAAAACCAGGAGCAGAGUGUUGUCUAUGGCUCAAAUGACUAUGGAAAAACUGUUUACACACACUCUAGGUUUUGUGAUCUUCUGAACAAAACUUGUAAACCUCUCAGGAUCCAGCGUCACCAGGUACUCGACCACAACAACAGCCCUGUCGAGCUAUGCUCAGGCAUCGAGACCAAAGGCAUCCUGGGUAAUGAUGGAAGAGCCUACAUCUUGGACCUUCUUCGGACUUUCCCCCCAGAUCUAAACUUCCAGUUCUCAGAGAUGAAGAAUAAGUUGGAGGUGCCAGAGGUGUGUCGGAGCUUUGGUUACCCACGGCGACACCAUCACAGCCUGUCCAGCCUGAGACCAGAGCUCAUGGAGGCCUUCGUUCAGCACAGGUAUGAACUUUUUGUAAAGAUGGUGUCUGAGGGACUGAAAGAACAGGACACUGCCACAGAGCAGAAUGAGGAGUCGCUUUCCAAUCAGUGCACUGAAGAUACAGAAUUUCCCAGAAAAAAUGUGAUUGCAGACGCUUGUAAGGCUGUCGGAUCAAUAAGUGAGUCUUGCUUUGAUAUCCGCUUUAAUCCUGACGUUUGCUCUCCAGGGGUUCAUUUCCCCGCCAAGUGUGUUGAGGAGGUUCAGCAGCAGAGACAGUUGUUGUGGGAUGCUGCAGCUUUUCUGCUCAAUGAUCAGAUUCCAGCCGUCCUGAGGGACUUUGUCGACCAAACAGCAGUGCCAAUGGAUGGGGCAUCCCUGACCUCAGCACUACACCAGCGGGGUGUCAAUGUACGAUACCUGGGCACCCUACUGCAGGAACUUGACAGGGUUGAGCACAAAGAGAGACUUAGCCACAUACAGAGCAUCGCUGUCAGUGAACUCAUCAUCAGAAGCGCAAAACACAUCUUCAGAACCUAUUUACAGGAUGUUGAACUGGCAGCUUUUUCUGCAGCUGUCAGUCAUUUCCUAAACUGCCUCCUUAGUUCCUCCUCCUGCCUCCCAGACUCCUGCUCAGACGAGCUCCUCUCACGGCGCAGGAGCCGUCGUCGACGCAGCCAUGGGAGCAGAGCCACCUUGUUGGCAGACAGUGUGUGGGCCAAACUGAGUCCAAGUGAAUUGUGGGUCAAGAUCAAGAAGGAGGCUGAAGAGUAUUACCACUUCACAAUGGAUAGUGAAAGCAUAGAUGAAGUCAUAGCAAAGUACAGCCUGCAGAGGAUCUCUCUAUUAAGAGAGAUGGCCAUCAAGACCGGCAUCCAGGUUCAGCUGCGAGAAUAUGUGUUUGAGUCUCGCCACAGGCCAGUGUUCAGUGAAGAAGAUGUUGUCAACAUGUUCCCUGUGGUCAAACACCUCAGGCAUACAGCAACAGAUGGCACACGGCUUGUGCAGCAUGCGCAGGUGGCAGUACAGAAGGGGCUUCUCAAGGAUGGCUAUGAGUUGAUUGGCCAGGCCCUGACUCUGUUCAGCAGCGUAUGUGGGGUCCUGCACGAGGAUGUCUGUGUGUGUUUGCGUCUUCUGGGACGGAUCAGCUAUGUCAUGGGAGAGUAUGCAGAUGCCCUCAGUCACCAGGAAAAGGCUGUAAUGAGCAGUGAGAGAGUACAAGGUAUCGACCAUCCGCAGACAAUACAAGACUAUACUCACCUAGCCUUGUACUGCUUUGCUGGAGGCCGGGUCCAGACCUCAUUACAACUGCUUUAUCGAGCUCGGUAUCUCACCCUGCUUAUUAUUGGAGAGGACCAUCCACAUGUUGCACAGCUGGAUACUAUGAUUGGUGUAGUCCUUCAUGGAUUGAUGGAGUAUGAGCUAUCGCUGAAGUUCCUCCAGAAUGCCUUAAUUUUAACCUCAAAAUACCACGGUGCCACAUCACUUAAAUAUGCACAGAGUCAUCAUCUGCUCGCCACUUUAUAUGAAAGUAAAGGAGAGUUUCGGUCAGCUCUGCAGCAUGAGAAAGAAGCUUAUGCCAUACAUAAGAGCCAGGUUGGCGUGGACCAUGACAGUACAAAGGAAAGCUCUGAGUACCUGAAGAGUCUCACUCAGCAGGCUGUGAUCCUUCAGAAAGCCAUCAACAAUAUCUACAACAACACACCCAGUGCCUGUAUUCCAACUCCAAAGUUUCCAACUCCUAGCCUUCCCACAGUUCUCCAGCAGCUCAACCUGGCGUGUGGAAUCAUACUUUUUCCCCUCAGUGCAAAAGAAAUAUCAGACCUGAAGGCUGAGCUGAAAGAAAAGGUGGAUGUGGAAUACCUGGAAGGGAGCUGCAGACAGUAACACUGAAUUAUGGACUUCAAGAGCUUUUGUAUUUGAGCCUAGACAAUGAAAAGCAAAGGGAAAUAUAAAUAGCUGCUGUUUACAAGAAGGUACUUUGGUAACAGAAAUGUGCAACUCUCCUUUUUCUAAAGAGGGGUUCCCUCCAUUUUUUAUGGAGGACUGUGUUUAUUGUAUCUAAUAAUGAUUGUGUAGCACAUUUGUAAUAUCUGGAGUCAGUGAAUAAACUCUACCUGCUGUAAGUAUGAUAGUGGAUAUGUAAACUCUGUCUAGUGUCAGCUAAAUGCAUCAACAGAUGCACUACUCUACUCUGUUCUUCUAGAUAGACAAACAUGGUCUGUUUAGUUCUGCUUCCACUGCUGAAACAAAUAAAGUAACUUCUUUACAUGA